ACCGCUGUUCGGAGUUCUCAGCCUAAAAAGCUGCCGCCGUCGCUCCGCAGCCUCGCUGGAAGAGUUGAGGGCAUUGAAUUAAAGAAAGCUCAGCUGCUUGUAUACAAAUAUACAGCAAUUACAAGGCAACAAAGUUAUUGCAGAACCCUGCUGUCGCCAUGGCAACACGCUCACUCAAUUACAUUUGGAAAUGUAAAAUGCCACCCAGUUAGAGUUCCCAUUUUAAAAGCUAUUGGAAGACACUCUGCCACCCUCUUGGAUUACUUCCCAUACGACUCAGCAUGUCACUGUGCCCUGGAUUUUAUAAGGUGGCCAUGAUUUAAUCCCCACUUCCCACUCCUAUGUAUUGGUGAAGCACUGGAGCUCUUUUGAGCUGCUGUUACUCCCGUGGGAACUGAUCUGUCUCCAAUCCCUUCUCCCAAGGACUAGACAUUGCCAGCAAUGAGCUCCCAAAGCCAUCCAGCUUGUGUUUCACAGCUGGGGCUGCUUUCUUCGGGAGAGGCAGGCAGGAGAGUCCCUUCAGGAGCCACCAGUCCCCAGAGCUGGGUUCUGUAGCCCAGCUCUGCCAUGGGAGGAGCCCUCCCUCCUGGAGAAGAUGGGCUUUCUGGCAGAGACCAGCCAGUGGAGCUGUUGAAUCCACCUCGAGUGAACCACAUGCCGAGCUCUGUUGACGUGAGCACAGCCCUGCCCUUGCAAGUGGCGCCGAGCUCGGUGCCCAUGGACCUGCGGCUGGACCACCAGUUCUCCAUGCCGGUGACGGAGCCCACGCUGCGGGAGCAGCAGCUGCAGCAGGAGCUGCUGGCCCUCAAGCAGAAGCAGCAGAUCCAGAGGCAGAUCCUGAUCGCAGAGUUCCAGCGGCAGCACGAGCAGCUCUCUCGGCAGCAUGAGGCGCAGCUGCACGAGCACAUCAAGCAGCAGCAGGAGAUGCUGGCCAUGAAGCAUCAGCAGGAGCUGUUGGAGCACCAGAGGAAGUUAGAGCAGCACCGGCAGGAGCAGGAGCUGGAGAAGCAGCACCGAGAGCAGAAACUGCAGCAGCUGAAAAACAAAGAGAAAGGGAAAGAGAGUGCAGUGGCAAGCACAGAAGUGAAGAUGAAACUGCAGGAAUUCGUGUUAAACAAGAAGAAGGCUCUGGCCCACCGGAAUCUCAACCACUGCAUAUCCAGCGACCCUCGCUUCUGGUACGGGAAGACCCAGCACAGCUCUCUGGACCAGAGCUCCCCACCCCAAAGCGGCGUCUCCGGCACCUACAACCACCCAGUCCUGGGCAUGUACGAUUCCAAAGACGACUUCCCACUCAGAAAAACAGCCUCUGAGCCCAACCUGAAGCUGCGCUCCAGACUAAAGCAGAAGGUGGCUGAGAGGAGGAGCAGCCCGCUCCUGCGCAGGAAGGACGGGCCCGUGGUGACGGCGCUCAAGAAGCGCCCGCUGGACGUCACAGGUACGGCGGACUCUGCAUGCAACAGUGCUCCUGGAUCUGGUCCCAGCUCUCCGAACAACAGCUCCAACAACAUCAGCACCGAGAAUGGAAUUGCAGGAUCAGUCACGAGUAUCCAGGCAGAGACCAGCCUGGCUCACAGGCUCGUGAACCGCGAGGGCUCCGUGACGCAGCUCCCGCUCUACACCUCGCCCUCCCUGCCCAACAUCACGCUAGGACUGCCUGCCACCGGCCCUUCCAGCGCGGGACAAGCGCAGCAGGACGCGGAGAGGCUCGCAAUCCCAGCCUUACAGCAGAGGAUCUCCUUAUUCCCUGGCACUCACCUCACUCCCUACCUGAGCACUACAACGUUGGAGAGGGAUGGGGGAACUGCACACAACCCUCUCCUGCAGCACAUGGUCCUACUGGAACAGCCAACUGCACAAACGCCCCUGGUCACAGACUGGUAUCUUUCAGGACUGCCCCUGCACGCACAGCCCCUGGUGGGUGGAGACAGGGUCUCCCCUUCGAUCCACAAGCUGCGGCAGCACCGCCCGCUCGGGCGCACCCAGUCUGCUCCCCUGCCCCAGAACGCCCAGGCCCUGCAGCAGCUGGUGAUCCAGCAGCAGCACCAGCAGUUCCUGGAGAAACACAAACAGCAGUUCCAGCAGCAGCAGCUGCACAUCAACAAGAUCAUCUCCAAGCCGGCCGAGCCGGCGCGGCAGCAUGAGAGCCACCCCGAGGAGACGGAGGAGGAGCUGCGGGAGCACCAGGCGCUGCUGGAGGAGCCCUACGGCGAGCGGGCCGCGGGCCAGAAGGAGCCCGCGGGGCUGGCCAGCGUGGUGCAGGUCAAACAGGAGCCCAUCGAGAGCGAUGAGGAGGAGGCAGAGCCGCAGCAGGAGCUGGAGCCCGGGCAGAGGCAGGCGGAGCAGGAGCUGCUCUUCCGCCAGCAAGCCCUGCUCCUGGAGCAGCAGCGGAUUCACCAGCUGAGGAACUACCAGGCGUCGCUGGAGGCGGCUGGCAUGCCUGUGUCCUUCGGGGGACACCGGCCCCUGUCCCGGGCACAGUCCUCCCCUGCCUCAGCCACCUUCCCCAUGUCCGUGCAGGAGCCACCCACUAAGCCAAGGUUCACAACAGGCCUUGUGUACGACACCUUGAUGCUGAAGCACCAGUGCACCUGUGGAAACACCAACAGCCACCCUGAGCACGCGGGCAGGAUCCAGAGCAUCUGGUCCAGGCUCCAGGAGACGGGGCUGCGGGGCAAGUGUGAGUGCAUCCGUGGCAGAAAGGCGACGCUGGAGGAGCUGCAGACGGUUCACUCGGAAGCCCACACGCUGCUCUACGGCACAAACCCUCUGAACAGGCAGAAACUGGACAGCAAGAAGCUUCUAGGUUCCCUAACGUCGAUGUUUGUCAGGCUGCCUUGCGGUGGUGUCGGGGUCGACAGUGACACCAUUUGGAACGAGGUGCACUCGUCGGGCGCCGCUCGCCUGGCCGUGGGCUGUGUCAUCGAGCUGGUGUUCAAAGUGGCCACAGGAGAGCUGAAGAAUGGAUUUGCUGUUGUCCGGCCCCCGGGUCACCACGCAGAGGAGAGCACACCCAUGGGUUUCUGCUAUUUUAACUCCGUCGCAAUUGCAGCCAAGCUGCUCCAGCAAAGGCUCAACGUGAGCAAAAUCCUCAUUGUGGACUGGGAUGUCCACCAUGGGAAUGGUACUCAGCAGGCCUUCUACAACGACCCCAAUGUCCUUUACAUCUCACUCCAUCGCUAUGAUGAUGGCAACUUCUUCCCAGGCAGCGGCGCUCCAGAUGAGGUUGGCACAGGAGCAGGAGUUGGUUUCAAUGUUAACAUGGCAUUUACUGGUGGUCUGGAUCCGCCCAUGGGAGACACGGAAUAUUUAACUGCCUUCAGGACAGUAGUGAUGCCCAUUGCCAACGAGUUUGCCCCAGAUGUUGUGCUGGUGUCAUCUGGUUUCGAUGCUGUGGAAGGGCACCCCACACCCCUGGGAGGAUAUAAUCUGUCAGCAAAAUGCUUCGGGUACCUGACGAAGCAGCUGAUGGGCCUGGCCGGGGGCCGCGUCGUGCUGGCCCUCGAGGGUGGCCACGACCUCACGGCCAUCUGCGACGCCUCGGAGGCUUGUGUGUCUGCCCUGCUGGGAAACGAGCUUGACCCUCUUCCAGAGAAGGUUUUCCAGCAGAGAGCAAAUGCUAACGCGGUGCAUUCCAUGGAGAAGGUCAUCGAAAUCCACAGCAAGUACUGGCAUUCCCUGCAGCGUUUUGCCUCCACGGUGGGAUAUUCCCUGGUGGAGGCCCAGAAGUGUGAGAACGAGGAGGCAGAGACAGUGACGGCCAUGGCAUCGCUGUCGGUGGGUGUGAAGCCGGCGGAGAAGAGACCUGAGGACGAACCCAUGGAAGAGGAGCCUCCCCUGUAGCACCCACCUUCGAGCUGGAGUUCUCCUGUCUGUUCGUCUUCGUCUUGAAGCUCUGCCAAGAAGCUUUCUCUUGUUACUCCUGCGUCCUGUCACGGUUAUUUCCCGAACACGGAAGGACAGCCAGGUGUAAAGCAAAGCAAGCAACACAAAAAACAAAUCUCUCUGCAUCUUUGAGUCUCUUUUUGCUGACAAAAACGCUGGUGAAGAGCAGCAAAGGACUGACACGUUGGGCACUCUUCCUCUGGUCCUCACUGGGAGCAGAAAGAGGAACGAUGCCUGGGAAGUCUUUGGCAGAGUUGCCAAACAAAAACGAAACGCGAGAAUGAUAAAGAAAUCAAAGAUUCAACAACACAAAUCAAACAAACCUUAACAUAAAACUGGUGCUUACAAAGUUGAUUACCCACAACUGAGCAAUCUCCGCUUGAACCACUCAACCCAUUGUGUACUUUCAUUUCUUGGAUAUUUGGAAAUGGCUUUUGCCUGCCUGUGAGUCAGCAGCAGCUCUUGUCGGAACUGGAACGUUGGGAGAUGAUGGUGAAUUUUUAACGGGGAGGGACAGGGAACGAGGGACUCAUCUGACACCUAAAGCAAAGGGAAGCAGAAGGGGGGAACGGUAGCCCAGAUGGAGUCGGCUUUAUUGUCUCCAAAGCCAUCUGAAGAUGAGUUUGUGCCUUUUUUUUUAAUUGAUGGAUUUGGUGCAGCUGGAUUUUCUGAAGUUUGAGGAACAAUGCCUUAAGUAAAAAUUAAUUAAAAAAAACAAAACACACAUGAAAAAAAAAAAAAAAAGAAAAAGAAAAAAAAAAAGAA